AAAUUCUUCAAUCUUUGUCUCUUGAACUUGAUUUUUGGUUUGAAAAUGUAUGAUCCCAAAUAUGCUUACCCAUACCCUGCUCCAGGUUAUUAUCAGCAAGGGGCACCACCACCACUAGUAAUGGCACCACCACUACAAUAUUCAUAUCCAACGCAAAGAGAAUCUACUUUUUUUGAACAAUUGCUUGCUGUUUUUUGUUGCGGUUGCAUGUUUGAUGAGUGUUGUGGUGACCCUUCAGUCCAAUAUGGUUCUUAUCAACAAGGGGCACCACCACCAAUGAUGGCACUACCACAAUAUGCAGCUUCACCUGAAAGAGAAUCUAGUUGUUUAGGACAAUUGUUUGCUCCUCUUUGCUGGUGUUGCAUGUUUGAUAAAUGUUGCUGUGACCCUUCAACCACAAAUAUAUAUCUUUGUUGAUUAUUGCUAUUUAGCUAGAUUUUUAAACUUCACAUAAAGUAAAGUUAUGAUCUAUUUUUAAUGUAGUUUAGUUGUAUUGUAAUGCUUGGUGAUGGGAUAAAAUUAAGUGUUUGGUGUGAUUUUCUCUUGUAUCAUAUAUCUUUGAA